AUGUCUCCCCAUCAUUCCCAUCAAAAGCACCACGCUCCCCGUCUACACCGCGUCGGAAAAUGGAUGCCCUCUACCCUGGACGAGCACCACGAAUGGGUGGGAGGUGUGAUCGCCCACGUCGACCGCAACAAGCCCGAUAAGCUCCACCCCGUCCUGAAGGAAUUCCAGGACCUCAUUGAGUCUAACACGAGGGUUUACCUGCUCAUGUCCGCCAUGUUCGGCGAAAUCCCGCGCAACCGGACCUACGCGACCGACCCAACGGGCUGCCCACAGCUCCGCGACUACAAGCACAUGCUGGAAGUCCUUAACCACCUCAUCACCACCGCCCCCUCCUGGAACGACUUCUCCCACCGCGUAGGCCUCGUCGGCCUGCCCAUUAACGCCAUUCUUGACUGGCCAAUGGGUACCCCCUCCGGGUAUGCCGCCUUCCUCGACCCCGACGUCAACCGCAUGCUCAAGAAGGUCCUCAACGCCUGGGGUGAUUUCCUCAAGUCCCCCGACUCCGCUUCCGUUCUCGACGACUCAAAGAACGGCUGGUUUGGCGAGACGGGGAAGUCGGACCUGGUCGAAGUGGCCAACCUGGGCGGCAAAACUAACCACAACUUCGAAGAGAUGUUCAUCUGCGACCCAUCCGCGCCGCACCACGGCUACAAGUCGUGGGACGACUUCUUCACGCGCCUGUUCCGCGAGGGAAUCCGACCUGUCGCCUCUCCGGACGACGACAAGGUGAUCGCCAACGCCUGCGAGUCGAAGCCCUACAAGGUCGCGUACAACGUGAAGGCGCGCGACUCGUUCUGGAUCAAGCACCAGCCCUACUCGAUCAACGACAUGCUGGCGUUCGACCCACUGGCAGAGCAGUUCAACGGCGGCACCGUCUACCAGGCUUUCCUCAGCGCGCUAAGCUACCACCGCUGGCACAGCCCCGUUUCCGGGAAGAUCGUCAAGGCCUACGUGGUGGACGGCACGUACUACUCGGAGCCCCUGUUCGAGGGAAUCGGCGACCCCGACCCCACCGAGAAGCACAAGCAUGGCAUCGACGCCUGUGGCGAGGUCACCUCGCAGGGCUUCCUGACAGCCACGGCCACCCGCGCCAUCAUGUUCAUCGAGUGCGACAACCCGGAUAUCGGCCUCAUGGCGUUCUUGGGUGUGGGCAUGUGCGAGGUCUCGACCUGCGACAUCACCGUCGCGGAGGGCCAGCAUGUCAACAAGGGUGACGAGCUCGGCAUGUUCCACUUCGGUGGCUCCACGCACUGUUUGCUCUUCAGGAAGGGCGUCAAUGUCCAGGGCUUCCCCUCGACGGACACCGAUCAGAACGUGCCUGUCCGGAGUCAGGUGGCGUACGUUGCUUGA